AAAUUCGUUAAAACCCCCGACGAAAUAAAAAGAUUCUCUCUCUCUCUCCUCUCCCUGCAUCGAUCGAUUUCUCGGGGGAGUUUUCUUCUAGCUUCGGUUCUUGAUCGUUGGUGAUUGCUUGGAGCCUUUGAGCCACCAGGAGGAAGGAGGAGGAGGAGGAGGAGGAGGAGAGAUAGAGGAGAGGCGGCGGCGGCGUCGGACUGGGGCACUGUUCCAAGUUUUGCAGAGAGAGUAGCCUCCAAAGAUGGAAGUUGAACAGGCUGCAGAAGUAGGAGAGGUGACUGCUCCUAAGUUGCCUGAUAAGGCAGUCGACAAGGCUCAGGUACAUGAUGAUGACAAGGAAAAUCUAGUGAAUGGUAAUUCAAAUCUGCAAGUGAAGGAAGCACACAACGAUGAGGAUGAUGGCACAGGAUCAGACGGUUUUGAGCUGAUAGAUGUGAAGGAGAAUUUUGAUUCUGCAAAAGUGGUGGAAGAAGAAAAGGCUAGUCCCAUAGAGCAAGGAAAAACUGCAGCGCUUGAAGAACAAGCGCUCACGAGAGAAUCUGCCAUGCUAAACCAAGAAGCAAAACAACUGGAAGAACUAACGAGGCGUAUUGAAGAGCUUGAAUUGGAAAAGGAGAAAUUGGUAAAGGGCGUGACAGAAGCAGAAAACAAGCAGAACCUGCAUUACACUUCUCUACAAGAAGCACAGAGAUCUUUAGCUGAUAAAGAUAAGGAGCUGGCUGAUGCAACUCAGUCACUGAAGGAGCUGGGUUCUGAGCUUGAGAGCUCAAAGGAGAGGAUUCAAGAAAUUGAAGCUGAAUUAGCUGCGUCCGCUGACAAGCUCCACAAACUUGAAGAGCUCAAGGAUGAAAGAAGCUUGCAUGCUGCGCAGGAGGCGAAGAGGGCCUCAGAACUUGACAAGACGCUUGAAACGGCACAGUUGAACAUGAAAGAGAUGGAAGCUCAGAUCAGUUCUCUUCAAGAAGAGAUAAAGGGGCAUCAAGAUAAGGCCAUUGAUCAUCAGCAAGUGGAAGAAUCACUGAGAAGCACGCUCUCAGAACUCAAGAUGGUACAAGAGGCACUGGAGUUGUCAAAAUCACAAGUGGACGAUUUGGAGCAGAAGCUUGCCUCUCAGGAUGCUAACAUCAGUCAUCUCACUGAAGAGUUGAGUCUCCAUCGUUCAUCUGAAGAAUCGCUGAAGGAAAAAACUCUUAAAUUAGAGAAUGAACUUUCUUCUGCGCAUGAAGAGCUGCAAGCAAAGAUCCUGAAUUUGCAGGAAAUGGAGAUCAAGCUCGAAGAGCAGGCAAAGGAAAAACAGACUUGGGAAGCUACAUUGGAGAAGCAACAGGAGCAGAUACUCAACCUGCAGACUGAGCUCGAUGAAUCAAAGGGCGGAAAUGAAACUCUCCGAGGGACUAUAGCUGAUCUUAACUCAAAACUUGCAGAGAGAGACUCUCUUCUGCGUCAAGCUGAAGAUGAGCAUGCUAAAGCACAGCUGCUCCUCUCAGAAGCCCUGUCACAUAAAGAUGAACUGGAGGUAAAUCUGAAAUCUAUCAAUGAGCAGCAUGGUGAGUCCAGAGCUGCUGCAGAAAAUGCAAGCCAGAAGAUUCUAGAGCUUGAAGCACUACUCCAGACACUUCAUGCUACUGAAGAGGCUUUGAAGUUACAGCUAGAAGAGGCUGAGGCAAGGGUGGAAGUUGCUGAGAAGAAAGGUUCAGAUCUUGAGCAACUGCUCGGUGAAUCUGAGAACAAAUUAGUCGCUUCCAGUGGAGAACUAAAGUUGUUGGAAGAGCGUGUUCAACAAGAGGCAGCUUCAUCAGCAGAAAAGGAGAAGCUGCUUGAAGAAGCAACGAACAGUGUGGAGGCGUACAAAGAAAAGAUCAAUGAGUUGCAAGCAUCUCUGGAUUCCACGACGUCUAAAAAUCAGCUGCUUGAACAAGAAGUCAAGGACCUGUCUGACAAGUUUACAGAGCAUCAAGAACAAGCUCAUUCGGUUCACGAAAGAAGUCUUGAACUGGAGAGCCUGCUUCAUACAUCGAAGUCUGAUGCUGAAGUUGCACACACCCGGACACAGGAUCUUGAAAAUGAGCUGAACACUGCAAAUGAAAAGUUCAAGGAGGUUGAAGCAGACCUAGAACAGUACAGGAGCAAGGUUUCUCAGCUUUCCGAUGAACUAGAAGCAUACCAGACAAAAGCAGCUAGUCUUGAAGCUGUGAUGGAAUCUGCAAGCGAAAAGGAGAAAGAGCUUGUGGAAUCUCUGGGUCAAAUUACUGAAGAAAAGAAGAAACUUGAACUACUAGUAUUGGAGUAUGAAGAGAAGACCGAAGAAUACUUAAAGGAAAAACAAUCUUUGGAAGAGAGGUUGCAGAGCCAAGAAUCCAAGGUGCUGGCUUUAGAGGAAUCGUUGGUGAAAAUGGGAGAAGAAAAAGAAAGUCAUGAGGGCACCAUUGCUGAUCUUAAUCUACAAUUAUCCAAUAAGAAUGACAUGUACAUGCAAUUGGAGUCCCAGUUAAGUCAGGCCGGGGAUGAUCAUAGCAAAACAAGAUCACUUCUAUCUGAAGCACAAUUGCACAAAGAGGAACUGGAGUUAAACUUGAAAUCUCUUAAUGAUCUGCACGUCGAAUCCAAAACAGCUGCGGAGUCUGCAUUACAGAGAAUUGCAGAGCUUGAAACUCAGGUUCAGGAAUUAAGUGCUGCUGAACAAAGUUUGAAGUCACACCUUACUGAGUUUGAGUCAAAGUUGGCAUCUGCUGAGAAAAAGAGUAUGGAUCUUGAGCAAGAGCUUAAAGAUGCUACAGAGGAAUGCAACAGUUCCCGUUUGAGAGUCGAUGAGCUUUCUGGGGAGCUUGAAGAGUACAAAGAGAAAAGAACUAGCCUCGAGGCUUCAUUACUCGAAGCAAAACAAAAGGAGGCUGAGUUGUCAGAGAAGUUGGAUCAAGUUAAUGAAGAAAAGGAGAAAUUUGAAGAGCUGUCCAAGAAAGCUACCAUAAAACAUUUGGAAGCAGAGAACCAGGUCCAAGCCUUGCAAGGCGAACUAGAAUCGGCCCGCCAUAAACUGGAAGAGGUGGAGUCUGAUCUUGAGGCCCUUGGUAUUAGAGAAACCUCAGUACUUGACAAGCUUAAAUCUGCCGAGGAGCAGCUUGAGCACAAAGGAAAGGCACUAGAACAUGCCACUUCCAAGAAAAUUGAUCUGGAAGCGCUGUACCAGUCCUUACUUGAAGACACAGAGAUGAAGCUUCAGCAAGCAGGGGAGAACUUGACCCAGAAGGAGACAGAAUGCCAGGAGUUGUCUGAAAAAUUGAAGGCAGCUGAGGAACAAGCAGCAUCUUAUCAAGCAAAAGCAACUGCAGCCGCAGAAGAGGUGGAAUCCGUGAAGGUGGAGCUUGAAGCCUUUGAGACGGAGAUAUCUACUCUUGAGACCACCAUUGAAGAACUUAAGACCAAGGCCUCCAAUGCCGAGUCAAGGGCCGAACAGGCUUUGGUUGAGAGUGCAAUGAUGAGUGAGACAAACCAGGCCCUAAAAGAGGACCUUGAUGCUAAGCUGGCCAUGCUUCGUGAACUACAGGAACAGUUUGAUUCUACUCAUGCUGAGAAAGAAGAAGUUUUCACGAAGCUAUCUGCGCAUGAGAAAACGAUAGAGCAUUUGACUGAGGUGCACAGUAGAGGCUUAGAACUCCACGCUACAGCUGAAUCAAAGAAUGCAGAACUUGAAGCGCAAAUGCAUGAAGCUCUUGAGACAAUAGGGAAGAAAGAUUCAGAAGUAAAAGACUUGAAUGAGAGGCUGGCUGCUCUUGAGUCCGAGAUUGAAAGUUUGACGCAUGUGAAUGAAGCCAUGAAACAGGAAAUCAAUGCUAAGCUGGUCAAGGUUGAUGAGCUGCAGGAGAAAUUGAGUUCCAUAAGUUCUGAGAAAGAAGAAGUUGCAGAGAAAGUGGUUGUUCAUGAGAAAACAAUAGAACAUUUGAGAGAAGAGCACUCAAGGGGCUUGGAGCUCCAGUCUGCUGCUGAAUCGAGAUCUGCAGAAAUUGAGAAUGAACUGCGUGAAGUUCUUGAAACAGUAGCUCAGAAAGAAGCUGAAGUUACAGACUUGAAGGAAAAGCUAGUUUCACUUGAAACUGAGAAUGAAAAACUGGUUGGUAUAAAUGAGGCCCUGAAAGGGGAACUGGAUACUAAGGUGGCAAUGUUCGAUGAGUUACAGGAACAGUUCAGCUCAACUCAUGCUGAAAAGGAAGAAGCUGCAGAGAAGCUAGCUGUUCAUGAGAGAACAAUUUCGCACCUGACAGAAGUGCACACGAGAAGCUUGGAACUCCACUCUGCAGCUGAGUCAAAGAACGAAGAAAUUGAAAGUAAGCUCCAUGAGGCCCUUGAGAUGGCAGCACAGAAAGAAGCUGAAGUUAAAGACCUAAGCAAGAAGCUGGAUGCUCUUGAAAUAGAGUUGGGAUAUUAUGAGGAGCAGGCAACUGAAGCUGCUGCUGCUGAAGAAACGCAUAAGAUUAAGUUUGAUGAAGCUGUGCACAAAAUAAAAAGCCUAGAAGAACAACUUGCAGUAACAGAAAACAAGGUUGAGCUUUUCCAUACCGAGAAAGAAAAUUUGGUUAUUGCAAAUAGCAAAUUGAAUGAGGAGCUGGAGUUACAUCAGAACAAGCUGAAUGAAUUGCAAGUAGCCCUUGCUGCAGCAGUAGCAGAAAAGGAGGGGUCAUCUGAAGAGAUUCAUUCAUUGAGGAAAACACUAGAUGGCAUGAUUCAACGGAAGGAAGAGCUGGAAAGCCAGGUAUCUUCUACUGUCGAAGAGCAUGAAGAACUGAAGAGCAAGUACAAUAUUACGCUGGAGGAAAAGCAGUUGUUGAAUGAGAAGUAUGAAUCUGCAAAGAAAGAGCUUGGGGAAGCAAUAGCUAAAUUAGAGGAGCAAAUGAAUGUUGACAAGUCAGAAAAAGAAUUGCACAUCUCAAAAUUGGAGAGGCAGAUCACAUUGUCUGAACUAAAAUACAUGGAGGAGAUCCAAACCAUGCAAGUGGAAACAACUGAAAAGGAUGAGGCGCUUACAACCAAAAUGCAAGAGCAUGCAAACUUGGUCCAUGAAAAAGAUGCGUUGGAACAACAAUUACUGGAAGUUAGGAAGGAACUAAAUGAUGCUUACCAUACCAUAGCAAAUCAGGAAGAGCAAGUUUCAGUGAGGGAGAUAAAGUGGGAUGCAUAUAAGAAGUUCUCAGAGGAUCAACUUGAAGCUGAGCAGCAGCAUGUUGCAGAGCUGGAAGUACAAGUAUCAUCUCUUAAACAACAGCUGCAAGAAACUGAGAUCCAUUACAAGCACAAGUCUUUCCUUUUGCAGGAAGAACAGGUUUCUCUAAGGGAGGUUCAAUGGGAAGCAGAUCAAGAACAUUCAGUGAGUGAGCUAAAAGCUCAGCGUCAGUAUGCUGCAGAAUUAGAGAAACAAAUUGGAGCUCUUACACAGCAGUUACAAUUGGUUGAAAAACAGUAUGAGCAAAAGGUUACAGAAGAGAGGGAGAAACUUGCUCUCGUUAACACGGAAGUCAGCAAGUUGACACAGAAGCUUAGCAAGAGUGCUGAAAUGGAGAAGAAGAUAGAACACCUUGAGCAGAAAUUGCAGGCAAAAGAUUCUGUGGAAUCGACAUCCCGCGACUUCAGCCUUGACUCAUCAACGCUGCCAAGCAAACAACGCGACAGAUCGCUGGCUCCUGAAACGACACCUCCAAACCCAACACAACAGCAAGAACUGCGAGAGCCUUCUGGUAUCAUGGCCUUUAAGUUCAUCCUGGGAGUCGCGCUGCUGUCCGUGCUCAUCGGUGUAUUUCUUGGGAAGAGAUACUAGCGUUUAUGCCUUUCAGAAUGUCUACUGGGAAACCCCAUUGUCAAUACUGCUUUCGGUGAACCUCAAUUGUCUUAGCAGUUGAAAACUGUGCAAAUUCUGCAAAAGUUUGAAAGAUUUUGGUAGGCUUCACUGGAACAACAGAUUCAUGACUUCCAGGGAGAAGUCAGAAAAUCUUGGAAGUUUUUUCUCCUCUUGUUGAGUAAUUCCAUUUAGUUUCAUUUUUUGGUUUAGGGGGCUAGGAAUAUGAUUUUUGUUUCAUUCCUACCCUUUUGCAUGCAGAAGGCCAUCUGCUGCAUGCAAUUGGUUUUGCUGUCAGCUUGUAUUUACAUCUGUAUGUAAAGAGAACAUCGGUUCGGGGACAAGAAAUAUAUGCCUAUGAAAAUUUGUUCAUAUUUCCAA